CAGCGCAGCUCGCAAGCGCAGUUCCGCGAAACUGGGCAGAUGCGGCCCCUGCCGCCGCGGGCGCUGAAAUACAAAGCCAUUCUUGGAAUUAGAUUCCUAGAACUUCCGUCAACUGCAAAACUGAAUUUACAAGAGAGGCGUUUUCUCACCGUCUUUCCGUAGAAUAGAAUAGAGAACAGAACAGUGUCUGGUGAGCGGAUCACUGCGCUGGACUUUACCCUCUAUUUUUGCCGAGGUUGAAACUGACACGUUGGAGAUUUUAUAGUUUUUACCAAAAUAAGUUAUGAUUAUUUUUCUUUUAGAAAAAAUUCUGAAUAGUCUAUUGAGUUAAUGAGAAUACUUUUGUUAUUCGGAUUAUUGGCGCCAUGACAACAUCAACUCAGUGACUGUUCCUACAACAUAUAAGAAUCACUGGGUUUGUUGGAUAUGUUUAAACUGGAUUCAUAUUCAUUAUGAUUUCUUGUGUUCAAAGGUAAGUUGAAUUUGUUGUUGGCACAAUUCUCAUUAGGUUACACUGUGUCUACCAAUUACGCUACAUGCACAAAUUUUUAUUUCACACCUUGGCUGUGCUGAGAAAAUCAAAUGUAGCCACGUUUUGACAUAAUGUAGGAAAUGAAGGAACAUUCAGCACAGAGCUAAUUCGUUGUGUACCAGACAGUGUGGAACAAAGCCAGGAUAAUUAUGAAAGUGUUUAUGAUUUAUAUAAUUUCAUAUUCGAAGAUGAUAAAUUAGGCCUAUAAUCGAAAAAUGUCUGCCUGUUACAGUUGUAGCCUAGGCUAAAAGUUUGAAUGUGGAUGGACCUUUUCUCCAUGCACAAUGGAAGUGAUUGCUGGUCAAGAAUUCAUCAUGGGAUUUGACCUUGUUACCUACAUUAUAUAUUAUUUGUAUAUCAUAUAUGAGUAAUAAUAGGUUAACAAUAAUUCUGGAUCCUAAACGUUUUGUUUAACGUUAUUUUUACGUUAUUUUAGUUGUGUAGCCCCUUUGGAGAAGCUAUGAUUAUGAUUUAUUUUAUUAUUUAUUCAUACAAUUAAUUUAAAUCUGUGCUCAGUUAAUUCUAACCCAUGAAGAUGAUAACUACAUAUGGUUGCCCCCGCACAACGUCACCUUGCUCCUCUACGGAAUGGAUACUACAAGUGUAAUGUCUGCGCUCAAUGCAAUGGCAUUUACAAAUGUAGAUCCUUCAAACACCCCCAAACAGGGAAACAGAUCAAUCAAAGGCGUUAUCACGUGCUCCACUAAGGCAGUUAUUUAUCUUAUAACUUGUCCUUGUGGUAAAAAGUAUGUGGGUAAAACGAAGCGCGAACUAAAAGUAAGAAUCUCUGAACAUCGUAGCACCUGUUAGGUGCAAAAACUCGACGUAUCCAGUUGCGGCCCAUUUUUUGGAAGCGAACGACUCUAUUUCGUCCCUUUGCUAUAUCGGCAUCGAACACGUCACCCUCCCUUGGAGAGGGGGUGACCUUGACAAUUUAUUGUUAAAUCAAGAGGCCGCCUGGAUCUUUAAUUUAAAGAGCCUUGCUCCCUUCGGUUUGAUCUGAAGCCAUUCUUGUGAUUAUUGUGUUUUUACUAUCCAUUGUAAAUAAUGUUUGGAGGCCUAUGUAGUCAAAUGGUAUCUCUGAUCAUAUGUAAUCCAUUCAUGCUUUUUUAUAUGUUCUAUUUAUCUGUAAAUCGACCAAUGAAAUCAAGCCACAGCCGGCCAUGAUUACAGACACCUGUGUGCCCUUUCAAACUCUAUAUAAACUAGUGACCCGCAGUGUUUGUGAUUAUACCCUGAUGAAGACAGCUUGGCUGUCGAAACGUUGGUUAUACAAUUAUUGCAUCUGAGCUCCUAGAGUGUGAAGCUCUCCUUUUCUUUUUCACUACACAUGGUUAACAUAAAGGCACAAGGUUAAGUCAUAGUUGAUACAGAAAGGAGGAAAAUAAUAUUCUUUAGGCUACAUCUUCCUUACACAUUUACAUACAUAAGAUUCCCCACAUUUUAUGUAAUGGCAGCAUCAGUGACUUCGGGCCCCUGCUGACAGUUUAACAAAGUGCCUCCUAUGGGUUCAUAUACCACCAUUUGCCAAGUUAUGGAAGACUGUUUAUGUAGUCUGAUAUUCACAGAUUUUCCUCAGUCAUGAUUUCCCCUAAACAUCAAACACAAAGCAAGCUGCAUGAGCACUCUCUCUGCCCUCCCCUUAUCUUAUAUGACAACAUUGUUGGGUGGAAAUCACAACCAUUUUGCCACCCCUAGAUGUGAAAUAUGUUUCUGUCUCCAUAGUAACUACUGUGUUAUAGCUUAUCCAAUCCAGGCACAAAAUGAUAGAUUAUUUCCUCCUACCUCAGGGCUCUGUUGCCAGGGCCACCUUCAGAUAUGAUUGCCAGGACGAUGAGCAGCAUGCAGCAGGAUUAUGGUGAGAGAGGAGAGUCGUGUUGUCAGAACCCAACUGCCCCUCUCUACGACCCUACAGAGGACCUCUGCUGCAUCACCACCACCUUCCAGUACCUGCAGAACUCAGGUAGGCCUACUAGCACCCCCCCACCUCCCACCCUUGUGUGUAUGUGUGUGAGUAUGUGUGUAUGUAUGUGUGUGUCAAUGUGUGUUUGUGUGUGUAAGCAUGUGUGUGCGUUAAAGUCUGCAUGUAAUGGAGAUAAUAUGGGACACAAUAGUAACAUGUGGGUCUGUUUCUGGCUCCAGGUUGGUACUGGGGGUCCAUUUCAGCCAGUGAGGCUCGAGACGCUCUCCUGAAGGUGUCAGUGGGAACCUUCCUGGUACGCGACAGCAGCCACCCUCUCUACAUGCUGACCCUGUCAGUGAAGACGGCUUGUGGCCCCACCAACGUACGCAUAGAGUACAGCAGGGGUCGCUUCCGGCUGGAUUCCAGCUCCCCAGGCCCCCCUCGCUUGCUGUCCUUCCCUGACAUCUGCAGCCUGGUGCAACACUACGUAGGCUCAGGCCAGACACAACAGGGCAAGAGAUCAGAGUCAGAGGACCCUCCUAAACCUAAAGCCAAACCCAGCCCUUCCCAGCCCUCAGCGAAGGACAAUGCAGUACUGCUCAAGCUGAUGCGUCCCCUGCCUCAGGCCUUCCCCUCUCUCCAGCACCUCACACGCCUCACCAUCAACUGCCAAACCGACUGUCCUGACCAGCUGCCCCUGCCACGCCCACUGAUGCGCUACCUGCAGGCCUACCCUUUCCAG